GCGAUUGCAAAAUGUACUAGUGGUGAUGUGAAAAAUGUCGGUGGUAAGAUAAAGAAGGAUAUGUCAACAAAUACAAGUUCCAGUGAAGAAGCACCUCCAAGGUGUUGUAUGGUAAUCGGAAAGUGUUACCUCAAGAUAAAUCCACGGUACAGUUGGAGGCUGGUAGGGAAGUUUUGAUGACAAACCCAAAUAAAAACACCAGAAAAGUUGUGAAGAAAACAGUUUCACAGCAGACAGAUGACAUCAGUAAGGGACCAAUGAUUGGUAGCAGUGCUAAUGUUGGCAAGACUUGUGUCAGAAAAAUGGCCGCCAGUUUCAAAAUGAAGAGCACCUCCAGCUGUCAAACUGUAGAUUUGGAAACAACUAUCAACCCUGUCACCAAAUAUCCACAGAGUUAUGGAAGAGGGGCCAUGCAAAAUAGGAGGAAAGCUACAAAUUUCCAAGUUGGUUACAAUGUGGCUCAAAAUACCAUGAAGGUUGGUAAUAGUGGUGGUGUAAGCAACAUGGUUCAGAAAUCCAACAAGCAAGUUGGUAAUAUUGGUGUUACAAAUACUAAGAAAUCUACUGGCACAUCAGUGACUGUUGAUGGUUCUCUGCUACAAAAUAAUCAGACCAACAUGGAUAUGAUGGCAUCAACAUCAAUCCAGAAUGCUUCAGAUAUGUUCCAACAUUCCAAACCUACUGAUAAUCCUACCACAUCAACACAGAAUACUCUGGUCCCAUUCCAACAUUCUAAACCUCCUGAGAAUCAAGCCAAUCCAUUAAUGACUCAGGACAGUUUGGUUCCAUUUCAACAUUCCAAACCUUCUGAGAAGCAGACAGUUUUGUUUCCCUCAAAGAACCAUCCACCAAAGAAUGACAAGAAACAGGACUUCAAGUCAGUUCAGCAAAAAGAGAAGAACAACACGUUUUUGGAUGACAUUCGCCUGGUACUGCCAAAUAGUGACUUCUCCAAUGACAUCUUCUCAACAUUGCAAGUGCCACCCGGAUCUCAACAUCAUGGCUCCCUGUCACCUACUGCUGCAUUCCUGGAUGCGUUUCCACUAGUUUCCAACUCCAAAAACUCGGAAAUGCUCAUAGAUGGUGACAACAGCGAUGCUGUACAUCAUGCCACUGAUAGUCUACUUCUGGGAGACCCCAAUAUUCUGGACACAAGUGGCAGACAAAAUUGUCUACAAACUUUGAACAACUACAACAGUGUAGAACAGCAUUUGGCGAUGAAUACAGAUGAAAUGACUAAGAAUCCUUGCAACAAGAACAUGAACAGUAUCCAUACUGACCAAAACAAAGCCAAUAAUGCAAUGCCUAACCAACAACAAACUUCUUCUGCCUAUUCAAUAUCAGCAUUGAAUUCAGCAAAACCUUCAAACAGUUUGGGAGAAAAGUGUGCUGAUCAUACCAACAAAAUUCAGGACUACCAAUCACAUUACACAAAUGUGAACUAUGAUUAUAUGUCAGCAAACUCGUUCCAAAACUAUAACUACAACAGUGGAUACAAGAAAGUGGCACCAAAAUUUGUAGAUUCCAAUUAUGGAGGAGAUAUCAACAAUUCGUUUGUGUCCAAUCCAAGAGAUGUGAACAACAAAAUGGCCGCUACAACCUAUGGUAGUCAAGAUGGUGGAUUGGGUUACAAUGCCUACAACAACUGGAAUCCGAAACCCAGCAUGCAGUUACAGAACUUUGACGAUUUUCAAACUAACUACAUGUCGGGCUACAAUCAUUUCCCAACUAGCAGUGCAUCUAAGAAUGUGUUUGCAUCUGAUCAAUCAUACUCAACAAGUGCUGGCAUGUUUGGGAACUUGUCGAGCUACAAAAGUAUGGACACAAGUGACAGCAAUUUCGUCUCACAACCGGUUGCAAGUAGUACAAAGCUGGGUAGCAAGAGUGAUGCACCAGCAAAUUUCAUCUACACCCAGGCGUCAACAACUUCAAAUCCUAUAACAACACGUUCCUAUUCCUGUGCUUUCUCCAGUGCAAGUGAUUUUCAAGCUAUCGGAUUCCCACAAUCACUGUAUUCAUCUUCAACAAUUGAAGACUCACUCAGUACUGCUCCAAAAGUAACCAGUUCCAAAGAUCUGAUGGGUGUGGACCAGUGUGGUAGCAUAGUCACAUCACAAGCUGCUCAAACGAAAUCGGUGAAUACUUCAAAAAGUAAUAACAGCUCCAUUGGUAACAAGUUCUAUGUGGGAGGGAAUCCCAUGAACAAAAAGCAACCAGUAAUGUUUGAUAAUGCCUCAAUCAAAACUAGCCAGACUGCUGGAAUGGAUCAAGGUGCUACAAGUAAUGCUACCUCAUCAAAAUCUUCUACUUAUUUCCCGGAUCUAGGGAUGAACCAGAAUAACAGUAAUUCUGUCAUGUCUAAAUCAUCAUCCUAUUUCCCCCCAUCACUCUCAACAACUUUGAAUAACAGCUUCAACAACAGUACAAUGCUAUUCCCAGCACAGAGUACCUAUCAAAACACUAAUAUCUUUACCACUAUAACAAAUCAAACAGCUGGUAUAUUCAGUAGUACCACUGCAACUACUCAUGCAAAUCAAACUGUUGGAAUAUUUAGCAGUGGUGCCACAACUCAAGUGAAUCAAUCUGUUGGAAUAUUUAGCAGUGGUGCCACAACUCAAGCAAAUCAAUCUGUUUUCACAUUCAGCAGUGGUGCCACCACAUCAACAACAACCACACCGGCAAAUGGCAAAGUUGGCAGCAGUAGUGAGACUGUGAAGACAUCUCAACCACGCAUGUCUGUCAACUGGAUGACAAUGCCAGACCCUAGAACAUCCACUCUGGAAGUUGGAAGUUCUUCCACUGCAUCAGCACCUUUCAUUCCACCAGACAGGAUGUUCACACCACACAAAGAUGCUCUGGAUUUCAUUGCGCCAAUCAUCACUGGUGGUCUACAACCGACAUACUCUACAAACUCACAGAUGUUCUAUGGAAUGGAUUUCCCAAUCUCUGAUGCCCAAACCUUGUGUGGCACUGAUGGCUCCAUCACUAGAACAACUGCAAAUCCUCAGGCACAAACAUCUUCAUCAUCAGCACUGCACUACUCAUGGCCUACUUCCAAGUCAUCACUUUCACUGUUGUCACAUCUUGACAACCAUGGCUUGGGAAUACCUUCCACAUUGCCAACAUUGGUUGGGGAUCUGGCACUAGGCACAAACACUGGUCCUUCAACACCAGGAGUUAACGGUGACUACAGAAUGUCUUCAAACACAACUGCAACCAUCUUCCAAACCCUUCCAGAAGUUGAAGACAGAAACAAUCAGAAAUCUUUAAAUAAUACCACUGAUGUAUCUCCUGUGAAAUCAUCAAACUACUGUCAGGAUAAUAUGCAACCAAAAUCUGCACUUUUCUCUACAGACAUGCCAUCUUCAAAAUCUGCAAACUACUUGCAAGCACCCUCAAAACCAUCAAACAUCUUUGAUGUGCAAUCAAAGCCAUCAAACAUCUUUGAUGUGCAAUCUAAAUUGCCUGAAACACCAGCAAAAUCUUCCAAUUUUCAUCUGGAUAUGCCUACAAAAUCUUCAAGCUACUCCCUAGAUGUACAACCAAAAUCCUCAGCACCCUUCUCCACAGAAGUGCCAACUUCAAAGUCAUCUAACUUCUUGCAAGCAUCAUCCAAACCAUCAAACAUCUUUGAUGUACAAUCUAAGACAAAUACAUCAGCAAAACCUUCAAAUUUUCAUUUCAACAUGUCGGGGAAACCUUCAAACUACAUGAAUGCAUCGUCAAAACCUUCAAACAUAUUUGACAUGAAUGUAACAUCAAAACCAUCCAGCACAUUUGACUUGAAUGUUUCAUCAAAGCCAUCAAACACAUUUGAUGUGACUGCUUCAUCAAAUAUCUUUGACAUGCAUUCCAAGCCAUCUUCAAACUUCUUGGACACUCCAUCAAAACCUACAAACUUUGCCAUGGGCAAUCCACAGUCCCAUGCUACAUCAGCACAGUUUGAUGCCAAAAGCUCCAAGAAUCCAGCUCCAAAUCAAGGACAAAGGUCUGGUGUUGUUGCAGAUACCAGCAAAACAUCUUCAGGGCCCAAUGUGUCUCAUCAACAACCUCAAAGUGGAGGCAGUAGCUUUCUGUCAGUCAGUCAACUGGUUGAUCAAGUGAAAACUAAUAAGAAACAAGAUGGCAAUAACUACAAGUAUGUGCAGAAUAUUAUGGCACCUGACAUAUACUAUCCAGAGAUCACUGCUGGCUCAAACAGUGCUAAGCAGGUUGACUACAAAUGUAACACUAUGCCUAUGCCACAGAAAGGUUCUACAACUAACUCCCAGCCCCUGAUAAAUGCCAAGAAUACAUACAAUCCACAGAAUAGAGAUGGAUAUAGUUUGUUGUCAACUGAAGGUAGCCAGAAGCAAAAUUUGUUGACAUUUGAUAGUGCAACAUCGAAUCAGAAACAGAACCUGCUGAGUUCUGAUGGCGCAACCAAAAAUCAGAAACAGAACAUGUUGCCAUUUGAUGGCAAUGCAACCACAAAUCAAAAACCAAAGGAUCCAUCAGCAAUGCAGCAGAAAAGUGUUGCCAACUCAACAACAAGAAAGUGCGAAAUAAAUUUGCAAAACAACAACUUUAAUGAUACAGGUCUAUCGUUUCUUGCACCUAGCAGUUCAACAUUGGUUGCUAAAAACAGUACAAUACCAUCUGUGGCUAAAAGCAGUACAGGGUCAACUCCAGUUAGUUUGCCAACAUCCCUGUGGUCACAAAGUUCAAGUCAUAAUGUGAAUAGUUGUUCAACUGCUACUAAAAAGAAUGAAAGGUUCCCUUUGACUAAGUCGUCUUCAACUUUCAAAAGCAGUAACAAGUAUAGCGCUGAAUCCCUGAUCAGCAAUGUACAAGAUGGUGCUUCUGCAGCAAGUGUUGAUCAGUUUUCAUCAGUGACAUCAUUGAACUAUGGCACAUGCUUUGAAAUGGCUGGACAUAACUCUAGUGAUCUGCCAUCAUUUGGUGUGUCAACAUCAAAUCUGUUUGGAGCUACAGAAUAUCAUCAUGGCAGUGAUUACGGUAGCAAUCAACCAAUCCCAUCCUAUCAGAACUAUUUUGGACAGACCUUGGAUAACCUGCAGCCAACAGGGACAGCAUCAACAACUUUUCUUGCUGAGUCAGCUGCUGAUUUCCAGAUGAAUCUGUUCGAUUCCACGGCACCACCCUCCUAUCUUUUCCCUCCAGCGCUGAAUAAGAAAUCUGCAAAUGUUGAAGCGAAAUCUAAUGUGAAACCCAACCCAAAACCUGCCAACAAUUUAAUUCCAACCAGUCUCUAUUCAUCAACCGUGGUUGAUCCAAAACCCAACCAAAAACUGGAUAAUAGUUUGACACCAGCCAGCACAGCUGUUCUCUAUCCUUCAAAUACUGAACCAAAACCUAACCUAAAACCAGAUAACAAUUUGAUACCAGCUAGUAAAGGUGUUUUCUAUCCUUCAAAUGUUGAGGCAAAACCUAACCUAAAACCAGAUAACAAUUUGAUACCAGCUAGUUCAAGGGUUUUCUAUCAAACAACAACUAUGUCAUCCCCUACAACAAACCAAGGGUGUCAGAAAUCAAAUUCAAACUUCCCGCUAGCUGCAAAAUCAAAUUCAAAUUUCCCGCCAGCUGCAAAAUCAAAUUCGAAUUUCCCGCCAGCUGUAAAAUCAAAUUCAAAUUACCCGCCAGCUGCAAAAUCAAAUUCGAAUUUCCCACCAGCUGCAAAAUCAAAUUCGAAUUUCUUGCCAGCUGCUAACUGUAAUAGCAGUGCUGCCAACCUCACUGCAUCAUCGUCCAGCACCAACAGUCUGGCCAACUUCAAUAUGAGCACUAUUUUCCCGGAAAUGAAUGACAAGGUGGAUCCUGCAGUUGCACAACAACAUCACAUCAAUCAACAACAGAAGCAACAGCAAACAACAACCGUCAGUCAACAACAGACGGCGACAACAACAACGAAUCGGUGACAGCGUGACGGUGGCCUGACCACGACAACAGCACGGCGACAAAGACAGCGUCAGAGUGGCGCAAAACGACAAACUAACAAAAGUGGUGACAACGCGUUCUGGUGGCCGAAACUGUAAUCGGGAUGUCACAACAAGAUAGAAUCGGUGACAGGUUGACGGUGGCCUGAACACGGCGAAAAAGACAGCGUCAAAGUGGCAGACAAAGCCAAACUAACAAAAGUGCUUACAACGCGUUCUGGUGGCCGAAACUGUAAUCGGGUUGUCACAAAAAGAUAGAAUCGGUGAUAGGUUGACGGUGGCCUGACCACGACAACAGCACGGCGACAAAGACAGCGUCAGAGUGGCACAAAACGCCAAACUAACAAAAGUGGUGACAACGCGUUCUGGUGGCCGAAACUGUAAUCGGGUUGUCACAACAAGUUAGAAUCGGUGAUAGGUUGACGGUAGCCUGAACACGGCGACAAAGACAGCGUCUUUGUGUUCUCACACAUAGCAAUGUGGAUUAGGUUUUUCCUUAGACGUUUGUAAAAUU